ACUGACGGCACAACCUUCCAUAUUCAUCCGCAAGCCAAGGCGAACAAGAAAAUUGUGUACAUAAGGCAACCCGCAUUGUUAAACGAAACCCCACGGGGAGAUUCCGAAUGAGGCAAUUUAUGCGAGAGCGUGCGAAACGGAUUCCGGAACCCGAUGGGAUCGUGUUUUUUGUUUACUUGGAACUUGGGCUUGGCUGCUCCACUUCCUUUUCGUGUUGGUUGCUUUCUUGGGUCUUUUUUGUUGGUUUUCUCUUUUUUUUUUUUUGGUCGGGUUUUGUUUUAUCGCGUGGGUUUGGGUUUGGGUUUGGGUUCGGGGAUUGCCGAAGGGGUAUUGUUACUAUUGAUGGUGAUGGAUGGAUGUACAUAUUGGGUUCUGGGUUUGUGUAUUGUAAUCAGGACUUGGAUUUUGUGUAUAUACCUAUUGUGAAAUAGAAAAGAUAUACAGUGCAAGAUGUACAAUUGCCUCGAAAUCAAAUAGAUCCAGUGUUGAAUCCGGUUUCUUUUUGUGAAAUAUCCUGUUUCCUAACGCCUGUAUCGCCCUGCCUUUCGUUGGUGGUUCCGUGCAUCGUAAAUC